GGAAGCGUUGCUAUGGCGGCGGGUGCGCUCAGCGGCCUGGUCGCUGCGCUGGAGACCCACCGCGGCCGCGACCGGGCGGUCCGUGCGCUCUGGCUAUGGCUGCCAGCUGGCGGGCGGAGCGCUGGCGGGCCGCAGGCUUCCCCGUCCGGGCUGCCGGGGAGCCUGCUGGCCGUGUCCGCCCAGCUGAGCGCCUGCCGCACGGCGCUGCGCCUCUUCGAUGACUUCGCCAUGCUCAGACACAGCUGCGGCUACGGGCUGGGCCCCAAGGACGAGGACGGGCUGGUGCGGGGCGCUGUCGGUGCUCUGCAACGUGGCCAACCAGCUGUACUACCCCUGCGAGCACGUGGCGUGGGCAGCCGCGCCGGCAUCAUCCGCACCUCGCGCUCAGAAGUGGUGGACCCUGAGCACGGGGCUCUGGGCAGUGGCCCUGCUCCUGGGCAUCCUGCGAUCCCUCAGAAUCUUGUGCAGUUAAGAAGAAAGCUGAGGCAGCACACAGCGGACAUCUUCGCUCAAAGUCAGAAGGAAGCGAAAGCCCAAGUGAAGGCUGAAGUUCUGAGCAUCCUUGCACAAGCGGCAGAUCUCUCCAAUGCGAUCCAUUGGCUGCCUCCAGGAUUUCUGUGGGCUGGAAGGUUUCCUCCAUGGUUAGUUGGUCUCCUGGGGACUGUAUCUUCCCUGAUAGGUAUCUACCAAGCCUCUAGAGGAGGGAAUUCUGAAGCUGUAUAAACCAUCAGUAAGCUUCAGGAGCCCAAUUUUUACCUGGUGAAGAUGCCUUUAGUGAGGCAGGAUGCACUUUAACUCCCCUGGGAGGCAAUGAUUGUAAGUUCACCCACCCUGUAAUUGGGACUGUAAUCAAGAUGUCUAUUACAGAGAAGACUGUUUGCAGUUAAUGAUUGUUAUCACUCUCCAUCAGGGAAAUCUUUCAGGUGAAUCCUCUGAAAAUCAAAACAUCUUCUAGGAUUGGUAAUAGGGGGAAAAAAAAGUCACUUCCAUCCUUCCAUCCUCUGUCCCAAAAGACAAAUGCAACAACCCUCCAGUCUUUGCUGUCACUUAAAAGCGCACAAAGUCACCAUUAGGUGGAAAACCAGCCAUGGUUCUGUCACAUAAAACUUCCGAGGGCUGGAUCCUGUGAGCCUGGGCAUGGUGCCCUGGGAGGUGACCCGGAUCAUGGGAGUUUCUCCAUCAGAUAUCCCAGCGUUUGAGCCCAGAACUGCUGCCCCCAGCAGAAACUGGAGCGAGCGGUUAUUUUGUGAUGGUUGCGUUUCUCUGGAGGCAAGAGGGGAAAGAAAUAACCACUGGGAGCCGUGCGGGGCUUUCUUCGGGUCUGCGUUGCUCAUUUAAGGACAAAUACUGGAAGUUGGGACUUUUCGGGUAAAGGAGAAGCCGCAGCGAGCCUCCAGCCGUGCCUUGCUGGGCUGCCGCCGGGUGGAGCUCUUCCACCGGGCUCCGGCCAACGGACUCGUGCCUUUGAAAAGCGGCGAAUGUGUUAAUCCCCGUUCAAAGAACCAAUCAAACCUCUGUCAAGAUGAGUUUUACAGUUAUAUUUCUAGGUGGUGCCAAUAAUAAACGAGAUGAAUGCUUCAAAGC